UAUAAAUGUGUUGGGUAACAUUGCAUCUUUAAUCUGUAGUCGAUAAUUAAUCAUGAUGGGCAAGAUGGCGUGGUAGACAAACAGUCUUAUUCAUCAACUUUAUUUGUUGUUAUUUACUUGUUUUAUAUAUUGCUUGGAAAGAGCCAAGCCCAAGUGGUAGACAGCUUCGCCCAUAUUUACGUUGUCCUCAUAAGGAAAUUUUAAUAAAGCAACUUGAAAAAAGGGUUUCAUAAUUUGCAUCUGUAUUGCUAUAGAUUGUCGUUAACCCUCCCUCGUUUACUUUACUAUCAUGUUUUUUUAAAAAUGCAAUCGUCAGAGACAGGAAAUAAAUUUAUAGGCAGCAUCCAGGCGCUCCAACAACAACCCGACACAUCCAUAGCGAGACAACUACUUUACCGCCUUUCAGCGCAAGUGCGUCCACUAAUGCAAACACGCAACUGGCACGUCCACUGUCUCAAAGAAUUCCUCCCGACUAACCCCUCGCUCCUCGGUCUCAAUAUCAAUCGUGGGCAAGAAAUCCGCAUCCGCUUGCGUCCACAAUCACAUAGGGAUCAGUUUUUGGAGUACGAAGAGUUGUUAGGUACUUUGUUGCACGAAUUGGUGCAUAUAGUACAUGGGCCCCAUGAUAACAUGUUUUACAGGCUGUUGGACGAGCUCAAGACAGAGAUGGAGCUGUUGAUGGCAAAAGGGUAUACAGGAGAUGGGUUUUGGUCCAAAGGCGAGAAGGUGGGCGGCAAAGUUUUGAGCAAGGCAGAGGCUAGAGAAAGGGCGGCGGUGGCUGCGGAAAUGAGAAUUAAGAGGGGAGGGAGGGGGCCCAGAGUACUCGGUGGAAGAGCGUUUGGAGGCAAAGUGGGUCUGACGCCAGCGCAGAUGGCUGGGAGGGCGGCGGAGCGCCGCUUGCACGAUGAUCGGUGCUGUGAGGUUGUUGGUGAUAUGCCAUUGUUGCUGUCGGUAACGGUGUCGCCGGUGCCUGGUGAUGGCAAUGAGUGGCCUCAGGAAAGGCUGUUUUUGAGGACACACUGCACCAGCCCCAAAACAUAGGACAGACAUGAGCAGGAGCAGGAGUAGUAUCUAUGUAAUUGUUGCGCGGUUCUGUCAGCCUGCGAGGCGACUCUUGGACAUUGACCCCACAAUGGACUGUGAUGCCUCCAUGAACAGGAUAGUUGAGAACGGCACCAUGGCGGUCACUGCUUUCUCUGCCAAGUAAUCACAAUCCAACACACCACUUUUAGCACAUCUUUGGGUUAGCCGCAUUCAGCUGGAUAUUUUUCUUGCACGGCGCACCAUGCACUGAGCAU